ACACACACAGCACAGGGCAGUUGAGAGAGAAGGGCGAUGGCUGAGGAGGUGACCUACGCAGAUAUCAAAUUCUCUAAAAUCCCAGCUGGGGGUACAGGAGCUCCUAAUUCAACAGCAACCUGCCCCCCUCCGGAACACAAAGCAUUCCCCCCAGUCGAGCACACUUCUCAGUCCAGGGUCACCAUUGCUCUGGGGGUCACAGUGGGGGUCUUGCUCUUGGCAGUGAUCGUCAUGGGGACAGCAAGUCUACAAGUGCAUCACAAUCACAGCAACUCCCAGUCGACCAGUCCAGCCUGUCUGGAGAAUUACAACGAUGUCAUCACCAGAGAGCUCAGCAAGUAUAAGAAGGGCCUCAGGCAGAGACUAUGUGGAGAUCCUAACACUGGCAAGGAAGUGGAGUCGUGUGCAGUCUGUCUGGAUGGAUGGAGGAAGGGAUACAAUGGAAGCUGUUAUUUCUUAUCCACUGAGUGGAACUCCUGGGACUUUGCUAACGAGUCCUGUUCCAAACUCGGGGCUCAUCUUGCUGUGAUUGAGAACGAGGAGGAGCUGGUAAGAGUCACAGAGAGCUUUCUAAUUACAGACACUCGGAGUUCAAUUCUACAGAACCGCUAAAGGGAAAUCAUAAUA